GGUCGCGCCGGCCGCCCCUUGCCAGUUCUGCGCGUGUGAGUCUCUUUCGCCUUGCUCCGGGCUUUCUUCGCUCGCAGCGCGGCAGGGUUAUCACCAGAUCUGGGCUUUCCCCUUCUUGCCGUCAGGUGCGACGGCCACGUGGCCCGCGGCUUCCCGCUCGCGCAGUCUGGCAGCCCGGAGCCUUCCGCGGUCCCCCGCCCGCCCGGGGCCCAACGACGCCCCACUGGGCGAGCACGAUUUCCGAGGACAGGGGGUCCGGGCCCAGCGCUUUCGAUUCUCGGAGGAGCCAGGCCCGGGGGCCGACGGGGCUGUCCUGGAGGUCCACGUCCCGCAGGUCCUGCAUCUCCAGUAUGGAAUGUAUGUUUGGCCCUGUGCUGUGGUCCUGGCCCAGUACCUUUGGUUUCACAGAAGAUCUCUGCCAGGCAAGGCCAUCUUAGAGAUUGGAGCUGGAGUGAGCCUUCCAGGAAUUUUGGCUGCCAAAUGUGGUGCAGAAGUAAUACUGUCAGACAGCUCAGAACUGCCUCACUGUCUGGAAGUCUGUCGGCAAAGCUGCCAAAUGAAUAACCUGCCACAUCUGCAGGUGGUAGGACUAACAUGGGGUCACAUAUCUUGGGAUCUUCUGGCUCUACCACCACAAGAUAUCAUCCUUGCAUCUGAUGUGUUCUUUGAACCAGAAGAUUUUGAAGACAUUUUGGCUACAAUAUAUUUUUUGAUGCACAAGAACCCCAAGGUCCAAUUGUGGUCUACUUAUCAAGUUAGGAGGCAAGUAUGGAUAACCCUUACUUUUUGUAUGUAACUUAAGCCUUACUCUACCCUACCCAUGCGAUACAUAAUUUAAGAAUAGAAUAUAUCUGAAACAAAACAGAAAAGGCAUGACUUUAAAAGAACUUUUUUUUUUUUAAGUGCUGACUGGUCACUUGAAGCUUUACUCUACAAAUGGGAUAUGAAAUGUGUCCACAUUCCUCUUGAGUCUUUUGAUGCAGACAAAGAAGAUAUAGCAGAAUCUACCCUUCCAGGAAGACAUACAGUUGAAAUGCUGGUCAUUUCCUUUGCAAAGGACAGUCUCUGAAUUAUACCUACAACGUGUUGUGGGACAAUGUCAAUACUGAUGAGCAACCUGGCACACAAACUAUGAGCAGACCACUUCAGCUUGAGAAUGCAGUGGGUCUGAAGAUGGUCAAGUCUGUUUGCCUUAGAUUUUGGUGUCACCUAGACAACACUUAAACUCAUAUGAAACAAAAAUUAAAAUACGUAUUACAAGUA